AUGGGAGGAAGAGGUGUCACUGACAUUAGAGCGCUCUGCAGUUCCCAGAUCCAGCAGUUGCGGAGUUACUUCGUGGAAAGUCAGACCCGUCACGAUAUCUAUCGCGCUGUCUGUGAAACGGACCGUGGAUUCAGUGCCCUGCAUCUGGCGCAGGAGCAGUACGAACUUAGCUGCAAUUUGCAGACCAUAGAAGAAAAAAUAACAUCAUGGAAGCAAAAGGAACUUCAUGGGACACACCCCCAUCGUUUAGAGCAAACGCAUAUCGCCAAAGUAUUAUCGAACACGUGGCUGGUGCGAGGUGAACUCUUUUCUGAAACAGAAGGGUUUAUGGUAGCCAUCCAGGACCGGAUAAUAGCGACUAAAAACUACUGGAAGUACAUCUUGCACGAAAACGUUGUUGACUGUUGCAGAAAGUGCAAUAAAGUAGGAGAGACGAUUGUACACGUCAUAGCCGGCUGUGGAGCGCUAGCCGAAUCAGCUUAUCUCAAUCGUCACAACUCGGUUGCCAAGAUUGUUCAUCAACAGCUAGCAUCAAAACGCAACUUGUUUGGCCAAUUAGCAGAUAUCGCUGAUUAUGAAACAAAGAAACGACCUUCGACAGGAACGAUGCAUAAACAGAAGAAACGCGGAAUUUCCAGAGAUCUAGUUCAGGAAAAACAGUUUUCCAAGGAAGUGCGUCUAGAAGGGAAAUGGACCGCGUUACUUGGUUGGACUCGUACAGCUAAAGAGGAGACAAUGGAAAAGGUGUCGCCAUUCUUCAUCAAGAAAGCAGUGGAUACCAUUUCUCUUAAUGUCACAAUCAGUCGGAUGCGAGAUGGCAAAUUGCUAUUAAAAUCUAUCGACAGACAACAGGCGGAAAAAUUGUUGAAACAAACAAUUUUGGGAGGAAAAUAUGGUAUUAAAAUUGAAGAACACCCAACCCUCAAUUUGACCAAGGGCGUAAUCAACUGUCGGGAUUUCAUGUUUCUUAAGGACGAAGAGAUCUUGGAAGAACUAGAGACUGAACACGUGAUUAGCAUCAGACGAUUCUCGGAUCGCAUCAAGGUCGGAAAAACGAUACGAUCAUCCACAGUACUAACCUUCAACCUUGGAAAUUUACCCUCAUCGAUCAACGUCGGUUUCUACAACUGUAAAGUGAAACAGCAUGUUCCAUCUCCUUUGAAAUGUUUUAAAUGCUUGCACUAUGGACACGACAAAGAACGCUGUAGAGGGAAUCGGAUAUGUGCUAGAUGCGCGAACUUCUACCACGAAGGAGAGUGUUCAACACCAGUGGUGUGUGUGAACUGUCGUCAAGAUCACCACGCUCUCUCAAAAGAAUGUCCUAUAUUCCCAGACGAACUUGAGAUCCAAAAGCUGAGAGUAACUGAAAAAAUCUCCAUCCGUGAAGUUACCCGUAAACGACGACUUCAAACUCCCCAUCCGAUCCCACACCGGUUAACUAGAAGUUUUGCUGAUGUUACUCAACACAUAAUCAACGUGAAAGCGAGACCCGAAGGUGCUGCUGCUAUUGUUGUGGCUACUACUUCAGACGCUGCUGCCCAAUCAUCCAACAAAACUGAAUUAACAAUUAAUCUGAACAACAAACCCGAAGACGCUGAAAUGGUCGAGAACUCUAUCGGCCCAGAGAGAGAAUUUCCGUUAAGACCAACUCUCACAAAAAAUAGAAACGAAGAAAUUUCAAUCGACAUUGACCUCCGUUCGCGUUUUAUCAUGAGUACUGCAGGAGAAAUCAAUCAACUGAUCUCACGGAGAACAUCGCUUCUAGCUAGUCUGGGUCGGGCAGAGAACUUUCUGGCCGAGUUCGACUCACAGCGGGAUCAAAUACAGCUACAUGUGCGUCUUGAGCGGCUGGAAAAAUUGUGGGACGAUCUCGAAAGUACACAAGAUCAGUUGGAAGAGAUAGAGACAACUGAUGAAGGUAGGAAAAUGCAGGAGAAAAUUCGGGCUAAUUUUGAACCUCGACUCUUCAUAAUAAAGGCAAAUUUAGCUUCCAAGCUUUCUUCGUUAGUCACUGAUGCUCGUCCACCUCAACCAACGUACACAAACUCCACUCUCUCUGGCAUAAAAUUACCGACAAUAACGCUCCCUGAAUUUGAUGGGGAUUACAUGCAAUGGCUUACGUUUCAUGAUACCUUCUUGGCAUUAAUACAUUCCAAUUCUGAAGUUCCACCAAUUCAAAAAUUUCACUAUCUGAAAGCAGCUGUCAAAGGAGAGGCUGCUCUGUCUAUUGAGUCCAUUGCUAUUAGCUCUGCAAACUACGAAUUAGCUUGGCAAACAUUAAAAGAUCGAUACGCAAAUGAGUACCUUUUGAAGAAACGACAUUUGCAAGCUCUGUUUGAUAUUCAAGGCAUUAAAAGGGAAACGGCAGCUACGCUCCACGGAUUGGUGGAUGAAUUUGAUCGUCAUGUCAAAACAUUGCAUCAGCUAGGUGAACCAACAAAUGCUUGGAGCACUAUACUUGAACAUCUGUUAUGCACACGCUUACCUGACGAUUCGCUAAAGGCUUGGGAAGAUCAUGCAUCGAAAACAGAUAAUCCAGAUUACGAAAGCUUGAUUGUGUUCCUGCAACGUAGAACUCGUGUCCUUGAAUCUAUAUCGGUGAACCAUAACACUGCAUCCACAAGUUUCAAUACAUCCGGCCAAUCAACGAGAAAACUUCCGCAUCUUCGCUUGUCAUCAUACACCUCUACAACGGAUUCGAACAAUCAAUGUCCAGCAUGUGAUCAACCACAUCCAUUGAUAAGGUGUCCAAAAUUCUACCGUUUUUCUGCUACUGAGCGACAGCAGCUGGUCAUGUCGAAGCGACUUUGUCACAACUGUUUACGUAGAGAUCACAUUGCUCGCAACUGCUCUUCGAACUUCAACUGCAAACAUUGCAACCGUCGUCAUCACACGCUUCUGCAUUCUGCAAACAAUGCCCUUGUGGCUAGUAAUGUAACCGACAUUUCGUACGGCCUAGCGCCACCCGAAACUAGUCAAUUUAGAGAGUUAGAGGAAAUUCAAAGUCAAACUUCGGUCGCUGCCACCAAGAGUUUGCCAAGUUUCGAAACAAGUGUAUCACUCCAGCAACCUUUCGAAAAUGUUUUCCUACUCACCGCCGUAGUACAAAUUGUUGACGCAUAUGGACAAGAACAUCUAGCGCGUGCUCUUUUAGAUAGUGCUCCACAGCCAAACCUUAUGACAGAUCGCAUGGCAAGAAUUUUAAAUUUGAAACGAAACAACGUGAAUAUAACCGUACAAGGCGCAGGCCAACUUUCCCAAGUAAUCCGGGAGUCAGUUUUUGCAGAAGUAAGGUCAAGAAAAGAAGGCUUCUCUUGUGGAAUUGAUUUUCUUGUGAUGGAUCAUGUCACCGCUGAUUUGCCAGCGCAUCAUGUAGAAACAACUGGUUGGAAGAUUCCUACUGAUCUUUUUCUCGCAGACCCUUCUUUCAACAAAUGUCAACCGAUUGAUCUCGUCCUAGGAGCUAAGCAUUUUUAUUCCUUCUUCCCUGGUGCAGCUCGAAUUCACUUGAAGGAAAAGCUACCAUUGUUGAUAGACAGCGUUUUUGGUUGGAUUGUAGCAGGUUCAGAUUGUUCUGCUUCGCCAUCGCAACACUCCACAGUCUCGAGUUAUAGCGUCGUAGCGGUAGCAGCCUCUUUAGAGCAAAGCAUCGAGCGUUUCUGGAAAACUGAAGAGUUAGUCGUUAAAGAUAACUAUUCCAUUGAAGAAAGACAAUGUGAGACACUAUAUCAAUCUACUGUAACGAGAAACAACGAUGGGCGCUAUAUGGUUCGUCUUCCUAAGCGACCAGACUUUGAAAUCAUGCUAGGUGAAUCAAAGCAAAAUGCCUUUCGACGAUUCGAACUUUUGGAAAAAAAAUUGGAACGAAAUCCAGAAAUUAAGAAAGAAUAUCACGAAUUUAUGCGUGAGUAUAUCUCUCUUGGUCAUAUGAAACUAGUCAAGAGUAGCGACGAAAAUAAUAAGCAUUUUUACCUGCCUCACCAUCCGGUUAUAAAAGAGACAAGCUCAACAACUAAACUACGAGUCGUGUUCGACGGAUCAGCCAAAUGUUCCACUGGAUUUUCGCUUAAUGACUCUCUUUGUGUGGGACCUGUUAUCCAAGAUGAGUUGAUCACGCUUGUACUGCGCUUCCGAAAACACCAGAUUGCUCUUGUUGUUGACAUCGCCAAGAUGUAUCGACAAAUACUGGUGCAUCCGGAUGACACCCGCUUCCAACGAAUUUAUUGGCGAUUUUCUACCCAAGCUCCAAUACAACCCUAUGAACUCCAAACGGUAACAUACGGGUUAGCACCGUCUUCCUUCCUCGCCACAAGAACUCUUGUACAACUAGCAACUGAUGAAGGGAAAUCGUAUCCUCUAGGAGGUCCAGCAUUACGUAAUAAUUUUUAUAUGGACGAUUUUAUCGGUGGUGCUGAAACUAUAGAAAAGGCUAUCCAAUUACGAAAAGAAUUAACGGAAUUGCUUGCUAAAGGAGGAUUUGUGCUACGCAAAUGGUCAUCCAAUCGACUGGAGGUACUGCAAGGACUAGAUAAAGACGCCAUUGGGACUCAAUCCGCUUUGCAUUUUCAUCCAAAUGAAACUAUAAAAACAUUGGGUAUAAGCUGGGAACCCGAAAACGACUUUCUGCGAUUUUCAUCUCACGUAUAUGAAACCGAUCAGCCAACCACAAAACGAUCAAUAUUAUCAUCAAUUGCAAAACUGUUCGACCCAUUAGGACUCAUUGCUCCCAUCAUCGUCAAAGCUAAAAUUAUGAUGCAAGAGUUGUGGUUACUCGCCUGUGAAUGGGACGAACCUGUACCUGAAUCCAUGAGCGAAAGGUGGAGGAAAUAUUAUAAACAACUACCCCGCAUUUCCGACUAUCAAGUAGACCGAUACGCUUUUCUUCCUAAUUCAGUGAUUCAACUUCACACGUUCGCCGAUGCAUCUGAAUCUGCAUACGGUGCAUGUACUUACGCUCGCUCUGAGGACAAUAAAGGUAAAGUGAAGGUGCAGUUGCUAGCCUCCAAAUCCAGAGUAGCCCCGUUAAAACGACUUAGUUUGGCCCGACUAGAACUAUGCGCAGCAGUUCUCGCUGCCCACUUGCACAACUGCAUAAAAACCGCUAUUGAUCUCGACGUGACUAAAUCCUACUUUUGGUCGGAUUCAGCUGUUACUCUACAGUGGCUGCAAUCACCUCCUAAUGUCUGGAAAACAUUUGUAGCCAACCGAGUUUCGGAGAUCCAGCACUUCACACACGGUGAUCAUUGGAAUCAUGUAUCUGGGAAAGAGAAUCCUGCUGACUUAGUGUCACGAGGAAUGCUGGUAGAAGAUUUUCUUAAAAGCCGAUUGUGGACUCACGGACCAUGCUGGUUGUCACUUCCACCAAAUGAGUGGCCGAUUUCUAACCCGCCGAAUGUAGCUGAAAACCAAUUGGAAAUGAGAAAUAUUGUUGCGACCAUACAAACUUCACCGUCUGUUCAUCCUUGGUUCUUACGCUGGUCUUCAUAUAACCGACUUCUUCAUGUAAUCAGCUACUGUAUCCGGUUCGUAAAUAAUGUUCGCGCAAAGUCUCGGACUGAUCGAUCACCAUCCAAACCAAAUUGCCUGUCACUUACCGUUCCUGAGUUGCUGAAAGCAAAAGCUUUACUAAUUUGCCUCGCUCAACAUGAUUCAUUCCGUGCCGAAAUAGAUAGUUUGAUGAAAAAUAUGCCAAUACCAAAAAAGUCCAGUAUGCGUAAAAUGAGCCCCUUCCUGGAUUCAGAGAGAGUGUUGAGAGUGGGUGGACGUUUGAACAUGUCAGACUUGCCUUUUCAAGCCAAGCAUCCAGCAAUAUUACCUGCCUUUCACCCAUUAACACGAUUGUUAGCACAACACUUCCACAUCAAAACCCUUCAUGGCGGCGGGCGUUUGCUUCUAACCGCAAUGAGAGAAGAGUACUGGCCACUACAAGGCCGUAGACUCGCCCGGAGUACUGUCCGUAACUGCUUCCGUUGUACCCGUCUAAACCCUAUACCUCUUGAACAACAAAUUGGCCAGCUGCCUGCCCAGAGAAUAAUGUCAAGUAGACCAUUUAACGUUACCGGAAUAGAUUACGCCGGACCGCUGUACCUGAAACCCACGCACAGACGCGCUGCCCCUGCAAAGGCUUAUAUAUGCGUCUUUAUAUGCUUCACCACGAAAGCGGUUCACCUUGAACUGGUUGGAGAUUUGUCAACCCAAGCAUUUAUCGGUUGUCUGCGAAGAUUUGUUGCCAGACGCGGUCGCCCGUCUCACUUGCAUUCGGAUAAUGGUAAGAAUUUUGUCGGCGCAAAGAACCAACUAAAGGAAUUGUUUUACUUGCUACAAAAUGCGGAAGAACAACAAAGAAUUAGUUCCGCCUGUGCCGAUGAAAACAUCACCUGGCAUCUUAUUCCCCCUAGGGCGCCGAACUUUGGCGGUUUGUGGGAAGCGGCAGUGAAGGUUGCGAAAAAACACUUAUUUCGCCAACUUGGAUCCACCCGUAUUUCCUUCGAGAAUAUGUGUACGGUGCUCACGCAAAUUGAGUCUCAAAUGAACUCUCGACCGCUAUUGCCGAUGACUGAAGAGCCAGAUGACUUAGCUGCGCUCACUCCUGCUCACUUCCUAAUCGGAACUUCGAUGAAUACACUGCCCGACCCAGAUCUCAGCCACCUACCGAUGAAUAAACUCGAUCAAUACCAAAGUCUCCAACUGCAUACACAAAAGUUUUGGAAACACUGGCAACGAGAAUAUCUUCAAGAACUUCAAAAAGAUACCAAAUGCCGUGGACGUAACAAUCAAAUUAUACCUGGUAAACUAGUUAUACUCAUCGAUGACCUGCAACCUCCAAUUCGCUGGCCUUUGGCUCGCAUAGUGUCAACUCAUCCCGGCUCCGAUGGAAUCACUAGAGUCGUUUCGCUGCAGACCGCAAGAGGACUUAUUACACGACCUGUCUCUAAAAUAUGCCUGCUGCCAUAUGCUAUGGAAACUCCUGUGGCAGAUUCGUUCAACUGCAUCAGCAACAUGGUUUUAGAUAGAUAG